UGCUGCUCCUCCGCUGCUUCCAUGCUUCCUCCUCCUGCUGCCUGCUGUCAUGCCUGUCGGUAGUGUGGAGUUUGUCUGACGGUUUGAAACACAGGGAAUUUCGCAGGAAAGCUGUGAGAGAUGAACAGUGAGAACUUCAGCCUGAGUGAGAAGAUAGUGUCGCCCUCAUACAUUCGCCAGGGGAGCCAGGCGCGUCGUAGCCAUGAGCAGCUCAUCAGACACUUACUGGAGCAGGGUAAGUGUCCAGAGGAGGGAUGGAGUGAGAGCACCGUCGAGCUCUUCCUGAAUGAGCUGGCUGUGAUGGACAGCAAUAACUUCCUCGGCAACUGUGGAGUCGGAGAGCGGGAAGGCCGGGUGGCGUCCAGCCUUGUGGCAAGACGACAUUACAGGCUGAUCCAUGGUAUUGGUCGGUCAGGUGACAUUGCUGCGAUUCAGCCCAAAGCUGCAGGAUCCAGUCUUCUUAACAAGCUGACCAAUUCAGUUGUGUUGGACAUCUUAAAGCUCUCAGGUGUCCGGAGUGUGGCGAGCUGCUUUGUAGUUCCCAUGGCAACAGGGAUGAGCUUGACUCUGUGCUUCCUGACCCUACGUCAUCGGAGACCCGAGGCUCGCUACAUCAUUUGGCCUCGCAUCGACCAGAAGUCCUGUUUCAAAUCCAUGAUCACAGCAGGCUUUGAGCCGGUGGUGGUGGAGAAUGUUCUUGAGGGCGAUGAGUUGCGGACAGACUUGGAAGCAGUUGAAGGCAAGAUCCAGGAGCUUGGAGCUGAGAACAUCCUGUGUGUUCAUUCAACAACGUCCUGCUUUGCCCCGCGGGUCCCUGACAGGCUUGAGGAGCUGGCUGCCAUGUGUGCCAAAUACAACAUUCCCCACAUAGUUAACAAUGCAUAUGGAGUACAGUCGUCCAAAUGCAUGCACCUCAUACAGCAGGGGGCUCGUGUUGGACGAAUUGAUGCCUUUGUGCAAAGCCUGGACAAGAAUUUCAUGGUUCCAGUAGGUGGCGCCAUCAUCGCAGGUUUUGAUGAGUCCUUCAUACAGGAGAUAAGCAAGAUGUACCCAGGUCGGGCAUCGGCCUCACCUUCCCUUGACGUCCUCAUUACCCUUCUGACUCUGGGAGCCAGCGGCUACAAGAAACUCCUGUCAGAAAGAAAGGAGAUUUAUUCGUUCCUGGCGCAGGAGCUGAAGAGUUUGGCCUCUGCACACGGGGAGAGAUUGCUCCACACCCCACAUAACCCCAUUUCACUUGCCAUGUCUCUGGAUGGUCUCCAAGCCGAGAGCGACAAGGCAGUGACUCACCUGGGCUCCAUGUUGUUCACCCGGCAAGUGUCAGGAGCCAGGGUCAUACCGCUGGGCAAGGAGCAGACCGUAAGCGGACACACGUUCCGUGGCUUUAUGUCGCACUCGGACAAAUACCCCUGUCCGUACCUCAAUGCUGCCUCCGCUGUGGGUAUCACUCGCGAAGAUGUGACACUGUGCAUCAAAAGGCUUGACAAGUGCCUGAAGACCCUGAAGAAAGAGGGAAAUGUGGCAAAAAGUAGUUCCCCUGUACCUCCAUCGUGCCAGGAAGACACAGCUGGAGAAUGACUGAGCAUAAAUAAGAACAUUUUAACAGGCAAAGUAGACAAAGUGAUUUCAGAUUAGUUUGAGCCCUCCUCUGCCUGCACUUACUUCUUAACUGACUUGAACUGUGUGUGUGUUUGAGUGGCACUUGCUGAUGGAUUAUCAAUCCAGACAUCGGCUUGAACUCUGCAGCAGCAGCUAAUGAUGAACCUGUGAGUUCUUUACAAACAAAAAUGAUCUGAGCUGAUGUCACAGACGAAUUCCCUCCCCUGUGAGGGUGCUAAUUGGUCGAUACUGUAAGGACACGAACUGCAUGCACCUGCUUCUCUGGAGCGUAAUUGCUCACCACUGACUGAACUUAAGGCAAAGCGUCUGCAAAGACGAUUGCAAUGUUUUCUGUAUAUAUUGAAACUGCUUUAUUAUGGAUUGUGACUCAAAAUAGAUUAUGGAUCUACCAUUUACAAUGACCUCUACUUGCUGUGUGUCAUGUUUUUCUUAACUUAAGUCAUCUAAAGCCCCCACGUUGACAUUAUUGGCUGAAA